UAUUUAUGACAGCCCUGCGCCCAGUUUAAUUAAUAAGAAGAAGAAGAGAAAGAGUGAGAGUGAGAGGGAGAGGGGGAAGAAGGAGAAAGGGAGAAGGAAACAAAUACUGAGUCGUAAUCAUCAUCAUCAUAAGAAGAGCAGCCACUAUUGUCUUUUUUGAGAAAAAUGGUAACCAUUACAGCUUCUCACACUGUCCUUCCGAAUCAACCAACUCCACAGUGUCGUUUAUGGUUGUCCGAUAUGGACCAAGUGGUGCGUCAAAGUCACACACCGCUUCUCUACAUCUACAAAGCAAAACACGACCAUGAUUGCAUAGAGAGGAUGAAGGAAUCUCUUAGCAAGAUUCUAGUUCACUACUAUCCUAUAGCUGGUCGUUUGAGCUUCACUGAAAAUGGUCGAAUGGAAAUUGAUUGUAAGGCCAAAGGGGUCGUAUUGCUCGAAGCCGAAACAGCGAAAACAAUGGCUGAUUUUGGAGACUUUUCACCUUCUGGCUCCACCAAACAACUUAUUCCAACAAUUGAUUAUAAUCACCCUGUUGAGGAGGUUCCAUUGUUAGUGGUGCAGCUCACAAGAUUCAAUGGUGAUGAAGGCCUUGCUGUUGGGGUUGCUUGGCACCACACUUUGUCUGAUGGGAUUGGUUUCACUCGUUUCAUCUACUCAUGGGCGAAGAUAGCACGAGGGGACAAACUAGAGCCUCAUGAAUUGCCCUUUUUAGAUCGAACAUUACUCAAAUUCUCACAGCCCCCAUCAGCACCGCGCUUUGAACACAAAGAGUUAAAGCCUCUGCCACUUAAUUUAGGAAGCUCCGAUUGCAGUGUUGAAAGAAAUAAAAAGGUGACUUCAGAAUUAUUAAUACUUACACCACUACAAGUUGAGAAGCUGAAGAAGGAGGCCAAUGGUAAUGUCUUAGAAGGGUCAAGACCUUAUAGCAGAUAUGAAGUUAUUGGGGCGCAUAUAUGGAGAUGUGCAUCUAAGGCUCGUGAGCUCGAUCAAAACCAACCAACUGUGGUUAGAUUCAAUGUCGAAAAUCGCAGUAGAAUGGUUCCACCUCUACCUCCUAGCUAUUUUGGGAAUGCUUUGACACAGACAGCAGCAACAGGUUAUGUUGGGGAAAUCACAUCAAAGCCUUUGAGCCAUGUUGCACAGAAGAUAAGGGAAGCAGUUGAGGUGGUGAAUGAUGAGUACAUAAGGUCACAAAUUGAUGUUAUAAGAUGUCAGAAGCAUUUGGAUGAUGCAAGGGCUUUGUUUUUAGGUGUAGAACUAGAAGGUGCUGCCCCAUCUGGUGUGAAUCCUAAUUUUCAUUUUACAAGCUGGAUGAGCAUGUCAUUGUAUGAAGCUGAUUUUGGGAAGGGAAAACCUUUGUACUUUGGCCUAGGAUAUGUGUCCCCCAAUGACAGGGCAAUAAUUCUUCUGAGCCCAGAUGGGGAUGGCUCUCUUAUUGUGUUAAUGUUCUUCCAGACGGUACACAUACAACUUUUCAAGGAUUUCUUCUACGCGGAUAUAUCCACUUGUGAUGGAAUUACACGACCAUCUAGGCUAUGAAAGUUUCACACUCAAUAUCACCACAAUUGUCUUCAGCUUCUUGUGUGUAUGUUUUAUGUGUUCUGCAAUUUCUUGUGUUCAAUAAAUUUACAUAACCAUGUAGAAAAAACUAAGAUUGAGAUUGUGUGAUGUUAUUUAAUUUUACCA